AUGCAAACAGACGUGGCAGUGAGGGCCCGGGAUGCUGGGCAAUGGCCUGGCCGGGAAGACAGCCGGCCCUCGCUGCUCCUCCGUGCCAGCAGCUGCGCGGACUGUUCGGCCCGCUCCGCGGAUGAGGCCGCUGAGGCCCGGAGGCGGUCACCCUGCGCCGGCCUCCGUGGCAGGGCCCAGCAGGGUCCUCGGGCCCUGGGGGUGCCGUGCAGGGCUCCCCCUGAGCCUGUGAGCGGGAGUCGCUGUACAAUUCAGCAGUCCCCUUCGCUGCUGCAGAGCCUCAGCCCGCCAGCGCCCGGAGUGGAACCAGGGAGGACGCCCGACCCGGCGAGCAGUGCCCGAGCCUCAGCCGUGGCCUGGAAGAGCCUGAGCUGGCGUCCCCGGCUCCCAUCUGAUGACGCCUGUGGGCCUCUGUCCCUUUCAGAUGCUUCCCUCCCGCAUGGCUGUCCCUGCUCCCUACACCACUGCACGCGCCUCCCAGGGCAGGGUGUCCGGGUGCUGGAGAGUCCUGCCAUCCGGGCCCAGGCUCCUGGAGGGAAGGAGCCGGGGACAGGGCCCUUCUGUGCUCCUGCUGGGACACCCUCGUCCCUACCCACCACCCCUAGUGCCGCCUCCCGGGUGUUCGUCCCCACCUUCGCUCGGCCUGGUGCAGGGUACCUCCAGCCCGGGCCAGUGGAGGGCGAAGCCAUCGGCCAAAAGCGGGCCGAUGGUGCUGCAUUAGCGCUGUCGUCCGUCGUGGCCCUGGGAGCCAACAUCAUCUGCAACAAGAUCCCCGGUCUGGCCCCGCGGCAGCGCGCCAUCUGCCAGAGCCGGCCCGAUGCCAUCAUCGUGAUCGGCGAGGGCGCGCAGAUGGGCAUCAACGAGUGCCAGUACCAGUUCCGCUUCGGGCGCUGGAACUGCUCCGCCCUCGGCGAGAAGACCGUCUUCGGGCAAGAGCUCCGAGUAGGGAGCCGUGAGGCCGCCUUCACGUACGCCAUCACCGCGGCCGGCGUGGCCCACGCGGUGACCGCCGCCUGCAGCCAGGGCAACCUGAGCAACUGCGGCUGCGACCGCGAGAAGCAGGGCUACUACAACCAGGCCGAGGGCUGGAAGUGGGGCGGCUGCUCGGCUGACGUGCGUUACGGCAUCGACUUCUCCCGGCGCUUCGUGGACGCGCGUGAGAUCAAGAAGAACGCGCGGCGUCUCAUGAACCUGCACAACAACGAGGCGGGCAGGAAGGUUCUGGAGGAGCGCAUGAAGCUGGAGUGCAAGUGUCACGGCGUGUCGGGCUCCUGCACCACCAAGACAUGCUGGACCACGCUGCCCAAGUUCCGUGAGGUGGGCCACCUGCUCAAGGAGAAGUACAACGCGGCCGUGCAGGUGGAGGUGGUGCGGGCCAGCCGCCUGCGGCAGCCCACCUUCCUGCGCAUCAAGCAGCUGCGCAGCUACCAGAAGCCCAUGGAGACGGACCUGGUGUACAUCGAGAAGUCGCCCAACUACUGCGAGGAGGACGCGGCCACGGGCAGUGUGGGCACCCAGGGCCGCCUGUGCAACCGCACCUCGCCUGGCGCGGACGGCUGCGACACCAUGUGCUGCGGCCGCGGCUACAACACGCACCAGUACACCAAGGUCUGGCAGUGCAACUGCAAGUUCCACUGGUGCUGCUUCGUCAAGUGCAACACCUGCAGCGAGCGCACCGAGGUCUUCACCUGCAAGUGAGGGGCCGCGGCCACAGCUGCCCGCUGCCGCGUUUGCACACGGGCCCCCACCUUCCCUGCUCCGCGCUGCCGGCUGGGGCAGAGGUGGCUGCGGAAGGCGGGGCUCCCACCGGGCCUGUCACUCUUUCCCUGUCCCCAGCGGCUCCUUCCUGCCAUUCCUGUCGCUUCCUGUGGCAGAACAGUGCCCGCGACCCAGCCGACCCCGCCAAGGUGUCCUUGACGGGGCCCAGUGAAUUGAUUUCUUUUCUUCAGGAAAGGGACACACGUAUCCCCAGAAAGCAAAGCGACGACAAGACUCUGAGUGUGCCCCUCCCCCACCUGGUGGCACAGACAUGGAAAUGCCACGCCGGCUGCCCCACCCCGCUCCCUGCGUGAGACUGUUUCCCAGGCCACAUCAGCCGCAGGGCCCGGGGGCGGCCUGGGCAGGUAUUGAGAAAAAUUAUUUAUGUUUCCAUAGUAUCAGAAGAGGACUCUUAGCGUGAAGGUGUAGCUGGUCCUGACCCCGUACUCCAUGCUAGCGCCCCUCUGCCUGCCGCUUCCUCCCCUGGACGCGCCGGGGCACCCUGUGGGCCCUGCCCCGAGGCAGCUGGCUGUGUGCGAGCGGUCCCCGGGUGAGCUGAGCAGGGGCUUGGUGACCGACAUGGCCCCCAAGGGCCUUUAAGGACAGCUCUGGACAGGGACCUCCGGCCCCCCUUCUCUCCUUUUAGAAAAACCUUAUCAAACGAAUCAAAAUGUCAUCCGCAUUAGGUUGUGGGAGGGCUGUAUCCCCUCCCUAACGCUGUGGCCCUCCCAGCCCCUUGCCAGCCUGGCACCUCGCCGUUUACAGACCCCCCGCCCCUGCGGCCAGCCAGACCCCGGGACAGAGCUGUGCUGGGGGGCCGGGGAACUGGGAGUAGUUCAGGGCAUUUGCCUCAUGUGACAGAUGGGGACACUGAGGCCCAGAAUGGAGCACUAACCAGAGUCCCCCACGGUGGCCCCCAUGGCUUGAGAAAUCCAACAGCACCCUCCCUUCGCUGCCAGCCUCCCUGGGGUCUGCACCCCGCCAAGAGGUGCCUUUGAGGGCUGUCAGUGGACUCUUUGCCUGCCCUGGCCCUUCCAACUUUCACCCGGACCUCGGUGUGGAGGACACCUGGCUCCAGGGCCGCCCCGGACGCUGCCUGCGGUGUGCCCACACCACGCAGACCCUCCCUUGAAGCCCAGCUCACCCCGCAACC